CUGCGGCUGUUUGAUGCUCUUUUGAGGGAGCCCGGUCAGGAGAUCAACAAUAUAAAUGAAGUCUACUAGAGAUAAAAGCAUGGAUACGUUUCCCCUGCUCUGACUGGAACAUGCGACCCUUCAGUCUGGAGAUGCCUUUCAGCAGCCUGCCCUGUGAGUCGGAUCUGUAACUGAGGCGCUCGCUUCCGCUCUGACACUCUGCAAUCUGAUGCAAAGCAGUGAAGGCUCCAGUGACAGCAGGGACACAAAGAUGUCGAGCAUGAGUGGACGGGCCCAUUCUACUUCAUCCAGGCUGCAGACCCCCAGCUUGGCCUGAUGAAGGCAUGGCGAGAGGGCGACUGCAAAGGUGGAGGAGACGAAUGGACUGAGGAAGUUGAGCUCACCAAACAAGCGGUGGAAGCCAUGAACCAGUUGCGUCCUCGGCCGAGGUUUAUGGUGCUGUGUGGCGACUUGGUCCAUGCCAUGCCAGGAGCCCCUUUCAGGGAGGAUCAAGAGCGAGAUCUCAAGACGGCAUUGAAGGGGACGGACCCUUCUAUCCCACUCGUGUUCGUCAGCGGCAACCAUGACCUUGGAAACACCCCUACCCCAAGAACAGUCGAGCAGUACUGCAGUGCAUGGGGCGAUGACUAUUUCAGCUUCUGGGUGGGCGGAGUCCUCUUCCUCGUUCUGAACUCCCAGUUGUUCUACGACGCUUCGGCCUGCCCUCAGUUGAAGGAGGCUCAAGAAACGUGGCUGGAUGAGCAGCUGAACAAAGUCUCAUCUUCCUCAGCACCCAAACACAUCGUAGUGUUCCAGCACAUUCCCCUGUACAUAAAGAAGCCCGAUGAGGAAGAUGACUACUUUAACCUCCAGAAGGAAGUCAGACAAAACCUGAUGGACCGAUUUAAGAGAGCUGGGGUGAAGGCGGUCUUCUCCGGCCACUAUCAUCGGAAUGCAGGCGGUUGCCACGGCGGCCUCGACAUGGUCGUGAGUUCGGCCAUCGGUUGCCAGCUAGGCGAGGACGCCCACGGCGUCAGGGUGGUGGUGGUGACGGCCGACCGCGUGGUCCAUCGCUACCACAGCCUGGAGCGGAUGCGAACAGGGGGGAUGGACGAGGAUCUCCAGAAGCUCCUGCAGUCAUGAUGGUCUACCAAGUCUAUUCAUUUUUUUUUUUUCUCUAAUGAAAUGCAAGAACAUGAAUCUUACCCGAUCCACAGUUUCAUUCUAUUGCAGCUGAAUGUCUAAACGCAAUUCAAUUCAGGACUUGGGGUCAUUUUCCGAUUCGCUUGGAUUUAGAAGAUUUGGUUAUCAUAAUCAUUU